CCAACUUUUGACCUAUUCCUAUCAUGAUCAAUGCCCCUCCGUGUCCUCCAUUCUAUUAAACUCCUCUUCGACGGUCUUGAUCUCCCCUCUUGUUCUCCAAAACACUACUUCCCAUUACAAAUACCCUCAUCCUCCCGGACCUCCCCUCUCCCUUCAACAUUUCACCCAUUCUCAUUCUUUUCCCAAACCUCCAACUAACCCCAUCUGCAUCACAUACAAAUGGACAGAAGACUUUAUGAUCAAGUACCGCUGGUCUGCAGCUGCAUACGGGCUAAUAGCUGUGCCGCUGAGGGAGAUGGAGAGGGUAGGAGUGAGGGUGGCGAAGGACGAAAGCAAAAGGAUGCGGAUCGUGUCGUUGCUGCUAGGACUCCAGAAAGUAAGUGUUUUGAUCCUUGUGCUUUUGUGGGUUCGGAUUCGGAUUCGGAUUUCUUUCGUGUGCACUGGGACCGCGUUCUGUUGUAGGAUUCGGUCCUGGUUCCAUCUGGACUCGCUAGAGAACCUUGGACUACUGAACCGCACAGUAUGCAUCUGCAACCGCAGCCUUCUCCUCUCACUCGCAGACGCAGGCGGGAGACUUAUGUAUGCAUAUAAGGACUUGCAAGAGGUUACUGGAUUGACUGGGCGCCAUGCUCAUCUUCAGCGUCUGAACAAAACACUCACGGGUUUCAUUAAAAUAGGACAAUCGUUCUGCUACGCCAUGCUUCAAUGAAUGAAAACACGGAGGCACUCAUUCAUAAUUUCAUCCUCCACUCAACUACACCUAUCAUCACUUAUCAUUCGCUACCG